AUGCCGUCCCUUUUCUCGGCGAUAAUCGCAGCCGUCGCUAUUUACAUCUCGGCAUCAUGGCUCGCCUUCCUUCGCCGUCGCUCCUCCUUACCUCCCGGACCUUCCCCAUGGCCGAUCCUAGGCAAUCUCCCGGACCUGGGCUUCCUGCCGUACCGCGGCCUCGCGAAGCUCGCGGACAGGUUCGGCCCGAUCAUGAACGUGUGGCUCGGGUCGAUUCCGUCUGUGAUCAUAUCCUCCCCGGAGAUGGCUCGCGAGGUGCUUAAGAUUCAAGAUAAAUUCUGCUCUUCCCGCCCGCUCUUACCCCUUCUCGCAUUCCUGACGAGCGACGGGAACGACAUUGUUUUUUCGCCGUCCAACGACCAUUGGCGAAUGCAGCGACGGCUGGCGACGCUGCAUCUCUUUUCGUCGCAGGCCUUACAAAAAAGCCUACCCGUUCGCGAGCGAGAGAUUCGCGACAUGCUUGACGCGAUAGCGGAAGUUGCUAAUAACGGGGAUGCGAGAGGCGUGGAAGUGCGAGGGUAUUUGAACCGCGCGACGCUGAACAACGUCAUGCGACUUGCGUUCGGAAAGGGUUACACCUACCGCACCGUCCGUCGCGCUGCUGCCGCCGCACCAGGAGAAAUGCUCGAAGCAGCGUUCAGAAUCGACUGGCAGGGACGCAUCGCGGCGAUGAAAAUCGACGGCGCGAAAUCCGGCGAGUCUGCAGCGCAAUCCGCGGCGGAAAUUGCGGCGGACGAACUGGAAGGCGAGAUGUUGAUCGCGAUAGUCGACGAGACGUUUAAGGUGAUGGGGACGUUCAACCUGGCCGAUUUCAUUCCGUGGCUGAGUCGUGUGGAUCCGCAGCGGAUCUACGCGCGCGGAAAGCGGUUAAAGCCGUGUACAGAAGGGUUUGUGAUGGCGUGCAUUGAGGAGAGAAGCCAGAUGCUGAAACGGAGAAGGCGGGAAGAGGAGGAGGGAGGGGGAAAGAAGGUAGCGAGGGAGAGGCCGUUGGUAGAUGGAAUCCUAGAAGGGGAGGAAGGAACGGAAGGAGAGGGAGGAGAGGGGGUUGGGGGAGGUGAGGUGAAGUUGGGGGAAAAUAAGCUGGGGAAAGAUGCGUCAGCGGCGGAAGGUGGAAAAGGAGGGGGAGGAGGUGUGACACUGGGGGCGGCUGAACCAGGCGCGGAGCGAGUGCUAGUAGAUGCAUUGCUGGAGUUGGUGGGUGAAGGGGAGGGUGAAGAGGAGGGUGUGGCAGCGGGAAAUUCGAAGAAGGAUAGGGUAACCAGAAGGGAUAUUAUGCUGCUUUGUUUGGAUUUGAUCAAUGCUGGCACGGACACCACUGCCAAGACUGUUGAGUGGGCCCUUGCUGAGCUGGCAAGUCACCCCACCAUGCUGGAACGGCUCCAAGCUGAGGUGGAUGCCGCAUACUCCAAGUCAGCAACGGCUAGAGCAGUUACAGGAGAAGCAGUGGCAGAGGAAGCAGUAGGAGAAAGCAUUAGGGCACAGGGAGUUGAAAAGCAUCACCUCCCAGCAUCUCUCCCCGUGCAAGAGAUGCCUUAUCUUCAUGCGGUGAUUAAGGAGACUCUGAGGCACCACCCACCAACACCGCUCCUAAUCCCUCACAUGACAACUGACAGGGUUACUAUUGGCGGAUACACCAUCCCUCCCAACACGAUCAUUCAGAUCAACGCCUGGGGAAUCGCUCACAAUCCAACGGCUUGGAUCAACCCCCAUGAGUUUGACCCCAGCAGGUUCCUCGGCCCGUCUGCCCCUGAUGUGACUGGGCAGCAUUAUGAGGUGCUGCCGUUUGGUUCGGGCAGGCGAGUGUGUGCGGGUAUGAACUUGGGGCUGGAUCUUGCUGCACGCAUGCUAGCAAGCAUUCUCCUGCGGUUUGAUCUGACACUGCCCGACGAUGUGGUGGCCGCUGGGGGAGUUGACUUCGGGGAGGAUUUUAGCCUUAACACGGCACUGGCGAAGCCGCUACGGCUUGUGUUGAAGGAGAGAAAGCAGCUGCAAUUCUAA